AUGUAACAAGGGUUCUUAACGGUUGCCCGCCAACUGUUCGCAUCCGACAACCGUCUAAGCCUCCUUCACUUAUUAUUGUUUUCGCAUUCCAACGCGAUCAUUAUUGGAACAAUAUAAAGCAGAUAUUGCUUUAUACAUAAAUAUAUCAAUAAUAAUGGACGCUCACAAUAACGCAGUAGCAUCCAUAUCCAAGAGGUUACAGAAGUUCUACCUGCAACGCCAACCCUUCCGAGUCUAUCAUGGCUCUACCAACAGCACUCGUACCUCAGAGAAGAACAGUGACAACACAGUAGACACCAGCAGACUUAACCAUGUUCUGGGCGUUGACAAGGCUACUAAAACAGCGCUGGUAGAACCUAAUGUCUCUAUGGAUAGUCUUCUCGACGCGACCAGAAGCGCCGGGCUGGUCCCACUAGUUGUUAUGGAGUUUCCGGGUAUUACCGUUGGCGGCGGGUUCAGCGGCUCGGCCGGCGAGAGCAGCUCAUGGCGUCAUGGACCUUUCGAUUCAACUAUCAACUGGAUUGAGAUAGUCUUGCCUAACGGAGAAGUCGUGUGCGCAUCCAAGUCCGAGAAAUCCGACCUCUUCUGGGGUGCGGCAUCUGGCUUCGGAACCGUCGGAAUCGUCACCCUCUUAGAGGUCCAGCUGAGAGAUGCCAAGGGCUUCGUAGAGUUGACACACUAUCACACAGCAAGCUUCUCGGAUGUUCGCAAAAAGAUACAAGAUGAGCUUGCGAACCCUGCUGUGGAGUUCCUCGAUGCUAUUGUCUUUUCGCCAAAGUCAGCUGUGGUUUGUUCCGGUCGCCUAGUCAAUACUAUACCUAUAGGCUCCAAGCCCCGGCGAUACUUGCGCCGGCAAGAUCCAUGGUUCUACCUAGAUGUCCAGAAGAGGGCCGAGCUGGCGAAGAAACCGGUUGUCGAUUAUGUUCCGCUAAUCGAUUACCUGUUUCGAUGGGAUCGCGGCGGCUUCUGGGUGGCCAGACACGCCUACAAGUACUUCUUCACGCCCUUCAACCGAAUAACGCGCUACUUAUUAGACAACUAUAUGCAUGCCCGCGUGAUGUACCAUGCUCUACACAAGAGCCGCCUGUCGGAUACUUAUAUAAUACAAGACGUCGGUGUGCCUUUCGAUGACGCUGAUGGCUUCUUCAACUGGGUAGACCAGACUUUCAACAUCUAUCCAAUCUGGCUGUGUCCGUUACGUCUACGACGCGACACGCCCGAUGCGGCACAUGGACUACAUGCGAAUUUUGCCGACCCGAAUUAUCCCGAGUUCAUGCUUAACUUUGGCAUUUGGGGGCCCGGUCCUACCGACUACCAAAAGCUGGUACACCUUAACCGUGCAAUCGAGCAAAAAGUCCACGAGCUAGGCGGUAACAAGACGUUGUAUGCCCAAGCCUACUACACCGAGGAAGAAUUCUGGAAAUCUUACGAUCGGCCUGCUUAUGAUGAUGUGCGCGAGAAGUAUCAUGCAUCUCAUUUGCCAAGCGUGUAUGAUAAGGUUAAAGUUGACGAGGACGCAAAGAGGAAGGCCAUGGAGGGCUCGAGGAUGCCGGUGGUUCUCCGCAAUGUGAGGCCGUUUCAAGGCUUGUAUGGUGUGUAUAAAGCAUGGCGCGGCGGCGAUUACAUACUGCAGACGAAGAAGACGUCGGCUUUAACUGUAAAACCGUCGAAACGAGAUUCUUAAUUCAUAAUGUGCCUACAUUAGGCGUGGCACGACUAGGUGGCACUCGUAUUCUACGGCACUGUAUCAUCACAAACAUUAAUUGAACCAUUGGC